CAGAGAGCGCCGCGCACCACACCAAAUAGAGGCAGCCCCUUUGGGCUGCUCUCUCUCCUCUCCUCCUUCUCCUCCAUUUUUCAUAAUAGUUUUAGUUUUCUUUUGGGUAUUCAUAAAAUUUCUCACACAACCUUCAAGGAUUCAUCAAAAGCUACAAGAUUCAAGCUUUAGGUACUUAUUUUCUAUUAAUUUGAGCUAUGGAUCGAUGGAGUUAUGCAUGGGAAGACCCAAUGGGAUAUGAGCAACCUCCUCAAGAUCGAGCUUAUGCACCUUCAAAGCCAUCCAUCGAAGAAUUGUUUGCUCAAUUCAAAGCUAUAAGUGAGAGUGUAGAUCCAAUCAUGGAGCAAUUCAAGGCUAGCCUACUUCAAGAGCAACCUCCCACCACUUUAUAUUUGCAAGAGCCUUUCUUUGAUCAAGUGGAGCCUAUUUCAAGAGAAGAAGUACAUAUCAAGCAUCUUGAGCAAGAGUCGUUUAUGCAAAUUGAUGAUUAUAGUGAUGUUGAUGUACAAGAAAGUGAGCUUGGUUAUGAAAGUUCCAAUGCAAGUGGGGUGAAAGACUACACUUCGGAGGAAUGGGUGCAAUAUUGGAAAUCUAAGCUUCCUAAUGGAGGGGAGAUAUUUGAAGAUGAUUUGAUGCGCUCAAAGCAAGCGCAUAAGUUAACCCUGAAAUAUCGUUAGUAGUAUAAGCAAAUAGGGAUCGUUCUAUUC